AUGGAUCCCUUCGGGCCCAACCCGACGGAUCACGAUGUCCAGAAGCAUAUGAUGCUACGCAAUAUCUUCGAACACGGAUCCGCACAAUUACAGCAGCAAAAUACGCGUCCACGAUCGCGAGCACAACUUGCGCCUUCACCAUUCCCCAUUUUCGAAGACCACACCGCAGAGAUGCCUCUGCCUCACUCGCAACAGAGCUCACAGUCACAAGAGCUGUCGAACUUCCCAAACCUUCGCGACCAGACCGUACAGCCGGCACAACAUCUUUCGCAGCAGAGCUCAGGACCACACCUUGAGCCAUCCUUAUUCUCCCCACAUCUUCCCGUAUCCCAGGGACCAUCCCAUGGCAUGAUUAUGGGCCCGGUGCAGUACCAUCAAGCACAGCAGCUUGCGAUGUCAUCUCAAAAGCCCUACCCAUCACAGAUCCAUCGUCAACCAAUGAUGCCUUUCAACCCUCAGCCACCAGACCUGCCACAAUUCUCCAUGCCGGAGCAUGCUAAUGGGUACGGCAUGUCCCCCUCGAAAAGGCCACCGCCCAUCAUGCCGCCAAUGACGUACUCUAUGUCACAGCCAGCGCCUACUUAUAUGGUCGAACCUGUAGUUACAACCCCUCCAGCUCCGGCAAACUUCAGCUUUCAGCCAAUGAACCAUCCAUUGACUGGCACCGCUUUCAACCCAAAUUUGCAUACUUUCGAUGAGGUUGAACACGGUCCCUCAGCGGCGGCCAACGACAAUGCCGACUUCCCAUCGCCUGCUUACGACCGCCGACAUGCUCUCAAGCGGUCGUACUCGGAUGCCUCCUUCAUGCCCGACCGACCCAACAAACGCGCUCGGGUGGACGACAUUGAUCUCCCUUGCCCCAAUCCAGAGGACUUUGAUCCCGUAGUAGAUCACGCCCCGGGCGAAAAGCCGCCCCACAGCUAUGCUCAAAUGAUUGCUAUGGCGAUCCUCCGGGCACCACGUCGUCGACUGACGCUCAAUGCGAUCUAUGGAUGGAUCGAACAAACCUUCUUGUUCUACAGAGAGAAAAGCGCAGCCGCGCCCCACAAGGACAAGAAGAGCUGGCGCAAUUCGAUCAGGCACAAUCUUUCCCUCAACCCUGCGUUCGUCAAGGUCCCACGCCAGAAAGACGAACCUGGUAAAGGCUGCUUCUGGGUGAUUCCACAAGGAAAAGAGCAACAGUUCCUCAAAGCCAAAAAUCGUCCGGCAAACAGCCAACCAAACAUGAUGAUGCAUGGUAUGCAGACGUCUAUUAUGCAAGCUGAACCGAUCAUGUCGAUACCACAUCCCAAUCCUCGCGUUGCAACCUUAGGACCGAGCCCCAUAAUCGGAGCUCCCCAUACUCUCGAAAGGCCCCAUACGGCUCCUCCGCUCCCGGAGCUGGGCUUGUCCUCGGAUGCAACAAUUGAAGAGUCUGAUCCGGUCGUCAUUGAAGAGGACGAGGAGGAAGAAGAGACGCAGGUUCCAGCAGAGGUCACGCACGAUCCAUCGCCCACGAUCUCACUAUCAGAUGGCCUUGAUUCAUCGCUCCUGUCGUUGCGCCAAAACAUCGACGUUCUGAAUCAUCGCCAAGCUCAAUCCGGAUGA